CUUCAAGUUCGACCUGCACUUCUUUCAUCUAACCAUUACUAAUGUUUCCCCUUUAUUUGGCUUCUUUCAGCAACCCAAAAUUUCCCAUUUCUUAGGGUUCUUUAUAAAAUUUAUUCUCUUCCCUCUCAAAUUCAAAAUCUAGGGUUUGGGAUGACACGGAGCUAGCAAAUCAUGGGGCGGUCGCCUUGGUCCGUCGAAGAUGAAAAACAGUGUAGAAGAUCAGAGCACUGAAGGAAGCAGUGCCAGAUUCCACAUUGUGCAGCCCCUUCGUGACCUUGAAUUGAAUUGGGCCGUUGAUCUUGCUAAGAACCUCGAAGAGUAUCUCUUGAAGAUUUGUUCUGGUGAGAUUACUGGCGAAGAUGAUGGCCAGUUCCCUGUGAAUUUCGCUGAAGCUGCUCUGCUGCUCCAAGGUUCUAUUCAGGUGUACAGUCGGAAAGUGGAAUAUCUAUAUUCUUUGGUUUUGCAUGCUUUGGAGUUCAUUUCUCAGAAGAGGCAGCAGGAUCAGCCAGAGAAUAAUUCAGUCCAGCCUGACGGAGUUGAUUCCCAUCUCUUUCCUGAUGAGGAAAAUGAAUUGUUUCUGGGUUUAGAUGAUGUGCAAGUGGAAGCUAAGAACUGCCUCAAUGAUGGACUUAGUGAUGAAAAUAAUGAUGCUUUGCACCACUUUGGGAAGCCCCCUGCAAAUUUAGUUGUGUUAGAAGGUGAUUGCUUAGAUGCAACUGUCGAUGCUGGGGGAUUAGAAUCAUAUCUGUUAGCCACUUGUGAUCUGUACCAGGAUUUUCUUCUAUUAGAUCCUUGUGAUGCGGUAGCAGUUAAUAAUUUUUUGAAAGGGGAUCAAGCUGGUACACAUCAAAAUGUCGCCCAUAGAGGCAGCUCUUUGAAGUCUAAGAGUCGGAAAACUUUUCAAUCUCCCACUAGACAAUCUGGGGGUACAGCUUGUAAGUCAUCUUUAGCGCAAAGUCAGAAUGCUAAUAUCAAUCAGAGUCCUGAGAUGAACGGAAAUGCUGAAGUUAAUUUUGACAACGUUUGGCUGGAACCUCCCACAUGUAACCUUGAUAGUAAUGACUACCAUGGAAAUGAAAUGGAUGGUGGAUAUUCGGAGCAUAUGGAUGAUCAGGAUGGUGGUGGCGGUGGUGAUGAUGAUGAUGACGAUGAUCCAUGGAAGCCUUUGAAUCCUCAUGAAUCUGGAAAUUUGAAAAUAAAACCAUUUAAUAAAGUAAAAGCACUGAGAAGGCAGGAUAUAAGGUCUACAAAGCAGAGUUCUUUAGCUACACAAUUUCCUCUAGCAAGACUCCAUGGGACCAUAGAUCCUGAAUUUUCUGAAAUUUGGGAGGCACAAGUUCAUGCCCUUGAAAGGUUACAGGGUUCUCAAUCCCCUCCACUUUAUGAGAAGCUGCGACAAUCGCUUGUUUUUGGAGGACUAGGAACUGCCAAUGCUUUUGGUCCCCACAAGGAUGAAGAUGAGGAUGAUGAUCAUGAUAGAGCUGAUUUUGAGGAAGCUGAUGUCAACAUGCCAGAGACUACUUACAUGGAGACAGAAAUACCAGAAAUACCUGAAAUACCUUUACAUGAAGAGCAGGGUGAUGAUGCUGCUUGUUUUGAUGGCAAUGAAACCUUUGGAGUGAAAGAUUCAAAUAGCCUUGAAGAUCUUUGCCGUGCACACCUGGAUGCUCUCCUUGCUAGCAUUGCAGAAACUGAGCAGCAGUCCGAAUUAACUGCUCGGGUUUCCUCAUGGAAACAGAGAAUUGAGCAGAACUUGGAAGAGCAAGAUUCACACACACCAUUUGAUAUUCAUGAGUAUGGUGGGAGAGUUCUAGAAAAACUAUCCCUUGAAGCAGAUGGUGUAGGUGGCAUGUCCUUCACAGACAUUGUUGAAGGCCAAGAAAAGCAUGACGUUGCUAGGACUUUCUCUGCACUUCUGCAACUGGUGAAUAAUGGAGAUGUAGACCUUGAUAAAGGUAGCACUGGUGGUGAGCAUGUAUGUUACACAGCUGUAAAUCCAUUUUAUGUGCGUGUGCUUAACCAUGACAAGAGACGGGAUAAAGAGAAGCUUAAUUCAUUGAAAAAGAGGGUAAGAUCUCCUUUAAGGGAAGUUCAUGUGAAUGGAGAUGGAGAAAAAGCUGGAGAACAACAUCCAAAAUUCAGUUCAUCCACUUCGGGAGUUAUCCCAUCAGUAAAAUCUUCACGAUCAAACAAAAAGUUCUCCGUAAAGCUUGAAAAGGUGAACAGGGUUAGAUGCAGCCCCGAAGGUAAGAGAAGACGCAGGUUUCAGUUAAUUGAAACAGUGGACUUAAAAUCUGCUGGGUAACAGGAACUAGUUAUUUCUCAUGACUCAGUUGGCUGUUCCCAGGAGUUCAGGGAUUUGGAUAAAAAAUGGUGCAUUGUAUUAUAGCAAGUGCAAUCAGUCAGUCAGAAUUCAGUGUGAAUGAUUGAGCUCACCUUGUGUCUUGCCAGUACUAACAGUAGAGUUGCAGGUUGUAUAUGUAUAAUUUGAAUCAUUACUAUAACUUAGAUCAGGUGGGGGUAAUUUUCAUAAAUUGCCU